AAAUAUCGAAAAGAACGACAAUUCGAGGUGUCCAGGCGGAAAGUUAGGUCUUUGACGAGGAAAAGUUCUUCAAGGCCUAUCCUAACUUCAAAACAAUCUAUUCUGAGGAAAAUAUCAGUGGUUUUUAUGAAAUUUGAGGUUUCUUUCCCUGUAGUUCGUGCGUCGAAAUGGUAUUUUAAUUCAUAAGAGAUAUUUUAACCGUGGAAGGCAGGUUGGAUAUUCGUGAAAGAGGCAUGGAUUUCAGGUUAUUAUAUGUCCUUUUUUUGCUGGUGGUGCUUAACGGUAGCGCACGUUCCGAAACAGUUAAUGAUAGUAAUGCGGAUAGAGGAAUAACUGAUGUUGUUGUUGAUGAUGAGGUGACAACAGAAGUUCCGAAACAGACGUAUAAGGAGGCGGAAAAGGAAAUUACAGAAUUCGUCAACUCGCUUUUGAGGCAAAUUUUGCCUCAAGUCAUCGGGGGCUCAGGUAACGCAAAAUUAUCUCCACAAUGCACGGGAGGGAUGAUGAAGAUUUUUGGUUAUGUCCGGCGAAUGAAAGGAUGGACUAUAAAAAUGCUGGACAGCAUGGGCAAGCCCUCUUCUGGCAUUCUAAAGGGGACUGCUUAUUCCAUGGGCAACUACGAUGAAUGUCUUGAUCUUUCUAUCACGAGCAAAGGGGCAGAAACGAGUGAAGCGACAGAAGCGAUGUUCCAUGGGAAGUACUGCAGGGUGAAAAUACGAUUCCCGGAGGUGGUGAUCGAAACAGCUAGGAAAUAUCACCGUGGCCUGAUCAAUGCGUCUGACCUUGGAAAGCUGAAAGACAUAGUCCAAGUGAUUCCAUAUAUCCCUGUGAAAUCAAACUACAUGAACCAUUUUAUUGGCCUUUGUUUUCCUUCAACAUGUACAACAGAUGAUUUGGAACAACUAGUCAAACUCAUUCCAUUUCCAGGUCAAAGUACACUUGAUCGAUGCGAGGUGAAAUCAGAUACAGAAGUCGAUCAUACUCAGUUUAUCAUAAUAUGUGUAUGGCUCCUACUCAUUCUGCUAGUGGUGGUUAGCUCAUUCGUUCAUUGGUUGGUUCAUGGUAAGAAAGAAGAAAAGAAUGUCGAUAAAGAGAGAAAAUGUUUAACCAUUUCUCUGUCUUUCUCGAUAUGCAACAACACUACUCGUCUUAUGAAGAACAUAGAAGACGACACAGAAGGCCUUCUGGCAGGACAAAGUGUCCGGGGAAUCUUCGUAGCCUCGAUUGCAUGGAUUAUUCUUGGACAUACUUACAUAUUUCCUUAUGAAGGAUAUUAUUUUCAAAUGAGUUAUCUUGAUAAUCUAAGGAAGUUUUGGGAUCAAGGCUAUUUCUCAGUUUUUAUGAGCUUCCCAUUAGCUGUAGACGCUCUUUUUGUAUGCUAUGGUUUUCUUAUGACAUACAGUCUGUGGCAACCUGCUUUAAAACCCCGAGAUAUAGAAGUCAAUGUGAUUAGUUUGAUCGUGAAGAACUACUUAAGGCUAUGCAUACCCCUGCUUCUCUUCUUUGGAGUAUUGUUGAUCCUGCCUUUAAUUGCUUCCGGUCCUUUCUGGGGUGAUUUGUUAGGAGCUUCCAUAGAUAAGUGCCGCGAUAAUGCUGCUGCUCACUUUGGAAUGUACAGCAAUUUCCUAGAUUUAGAAGAUCAGUGUUUUCCUCAUUUGUGGUUUGUGUCUUGCUUAGCUCAAUUGACUCUUGUGGGAAUUUUCUUGAGCUUAAUAUUAUCCAGGAGCGUAAAGGUUGGCAUCUUUUUCACCAUGCUGAUAUGCAUUGCCUGUAGUGGAGCCGUUGGUAUUCUAACACUAAAUCACGAAUUCCCACCAGCAUAUGUGGCGUAUUUUACUGAAGAAUCUUCAAGUUUGUUUUGGAAAAUUAACAUGGCUUUGCCUUUGAGUCAUUUUGGGCCAUAUGCUGCUGGAAUGUUGGCUGGUAUUUGGGUUGGCAGAAGAGAACAUCAAAAAUGUAGAAUGUGUUUGGGUGCCAUAGGAUGGAUUGCCUGCCUAGGUAUUUUGUACGCACUGCAUAUCGUUCUGUACAAUUCUCGAGACGGGUCGAUGAGUCCGUACUGGUCGGCAAUAUACGCGGCCAUUCACCGAACAGCUUUUGGAUUGUGUGUCACGUGGGUUAUAAUUGCUUGUUCAUUCAGAAUUGGAGGAUUUGUCAAUGCCAUAUUUUCUUGGAGAGUGUUCGAUCCCCUUUUCAGGUUGAGUUAUUAUGCAUAUAUCUUCCAUUUCCUGGUCAUUUCCUUCCUAGUAAGUGUAGCAAGAGAGCACACAGAAUAUUCUCAUAUAGAAUUGUGUUUGAGAGCUACUUCCUACAUUACGGUCACAUACUUCAUUUCUUACCUCCUUUACCUGGUCUUGGAAAUGCCACUCGGCUCUCUAAGGCUCGCUCUCUGCCCGCAAAGGACAUCUCGAAUCGAAGUGACCCCUUUAAACAAUUUUAGUAGCUUCAAAGGUGAUAUUGUAACAAAGAACACCAUGCUGGAGGGUACUUGUAAGUUGUGGUCUAUUACAGAAACUCAUAACGGUAUAUCUUAUUAAGUGUCAUUUUCAUGUAUUCACUAAAUGUAAAAAUAAAGGUGUCAGUUUUU